GUCUGGGGGACUCCUACUCACUCAGCCAGCAGCACCUCCCUUCUUGCCCCAGUCUCCAGUUCCCCGUGUUCACAGGUGAGCUCACAAAUAGUCACUGCUCGCGAUGGAGGCCAUCAAGAAAAAAAUGCAGAUGCUGAAGCUGGACAAGGAGAAUGCUCUGGAUCGGGCAGAGCAAGCUGAAGCUGAGCAGAAGCAGGCGGAAGAAAGAAGUAAACAGCUAGAAGAUGAGCUGGCAGCUAUGCAGAAGAAGCUGAAAGGGACUGAAGAUGAGCUGGACAAGUAUUCUGAAGCUUUGAAGGAUGCCCAGGAGAAACUGGAGCUGGCAGAGAAGAAGGCAGCUGAUGCUGAGGCUGAGGUGGCCUCCUUGAACCGUAGGAUCCAGCUGGUUGAAGAGGAGCUGGACCGUGCUCAGGAGCGCCUGGCCACUGCCCUGCAAAAGCUGGAGGAAGCUGAGAAAGCUGCUGAUGAAAGCGAGAGAGGUAUGAAGGUUAUUGAAAACCGAGCAUUAAAAGAUGAAGAAAAGAUGGAACUCCAGGAAAUCCAACUCAAAGAAGCUAAGCACAUUGCAGAAGAGGCAGAUAGGAAGUAUGAAGAGGUGGCUCGUAAGUUGGUGAUUAUUGAGGGAGAUUUGGAACGCACAGAGGAACGAGCCGAGCUGGCAGAGUCCCGUUGCCGAGAGAUGGAUGAGCAGAUCAGGCUGAUGGACCAGACCCUGAAGUGUCUGAGUGCUGCUGAAGAAAAGUACUCUCAAAAAGAAGACAAAUAUGAAGAAGAGAUAAAGAUUCUUACCGAUAAACUCAAGGAGGCAGAGACCCGUGCUGAGUUUGCUGAGAGAUCGGUAGCCAAGCUGGAAAAGACAAUUGAUGACUUGGAAGAUGAGCUCUAUGCCCAGAAACUGAAGUACAAGGCCAUUAGCGAGGAGCUGGACCACGCCCUCAAUGACAUGACCUCUAUAUAAACUGAAGUGCACGAAAGAGGAACACCUCUGUACACAAAGGAUGCUGGACCAGACUCUGCUUGACCUGAAUGAGAUGUAGAGCACCCUAGUCCUGCCCUGCCGACGUUCCUCCCUCUGACCCCGACUCCGCCUGAGGCCAGCCUGCCAGAAGCUGACCUUUAAACUGAGGGCUGAUCUUUACCUGGAAGGCUGCUUUCUCCUUUCGCUUCCCCCUACCCUCCACUCCCUACCCCCACCCCCACCUAGUGUCUUUUUCGCCAAACUUUCUCUGCCUCUCCCAGAGAUUCUGGUUGGGCUAGAGGCUGAGCACCUUUGGGAACAACAUUUAAGGGAAUGUGAGCACAAUGCAAAGUGUCUUUAAAAGCAUGUUGUGAUGUGCAGAUUUUGUAUUACCUUUUUUGUUGUAGCAACCAUUUGUAAAACAUUCCAAAUAAUUCCGCAGUUCUCAAGCAGCGGUUUAAUCCCUUUUUCACUUUUAAAAGAUAAUUUCUCAACUUCAUCCAUAUUGCCCCCUCUCCAUAGAGGAGGGAAAGAGGGAACGGCCUGCCUUAUUGAGAGCCAAACAGAGCCCAGAGAAAGACUCCACUAUGGGGGGGGGGGGGGGGUCAUUGCUUUGUGCAGAGUACCUGCCAAACUGGAAAGGUGAUUCCAGGAGGAGUUAGCCAAAAAAAAAAAAGUUCAGGUUUCAGCUUUAAGGUAUUUUUGGGCAAUUUUUUUUUUUUAAUCUGAAGUGACCAAAUUAAAAUGGUGAUGCUUCUCUGAGACCCAGUCCUUGUCUCAUCUCUACCCCCUUCUCAGUGGUUCACGAAGUGGAUCAUGUUGAAGCAACCAGUUAUUUGCCUCCUUGAAGAAAGAAAAUUAUGUUUUUGCCAAUGAUUUAGCCAUAUGAAAUCAUCUCAUCGCCCUUUUCUGGGUCUGAAGCUGCUGUGUCUAAAAGUGCCAUCUCAUUGUGCUUCGCAUCAGUUAGUGCUGGAGAAAUCUUGAAUAGUUUAUGUACAAAACUGUUUUUAAAUUUUAUAUUAUUUUGGAACUUUGCUUCUUUGGGGUUGGGGCGCACUGGCCACCCCAUCUGGCUGUGAAAGCUCUGGGACAGUAGUGUGCUGAUCUUUAAGUUUCUUUCCUUACCCAGUACCCCCCCUUAUUGGUGAGGUUUCUGUGAGGUCUGUUAGGUUCGCAUCCUGCAGCUUCCUGGCUUAAAAUGUCCUCUCCUUUGGUGUGGUCUCUUUGGGGGCCGAUUGAGAGAAAGAAAAACCAAUAGUACAACUAUUUUGAUACUGAAAAUUGACAAACGUCUUUUUAAAAUAAAGAACCAGUCCCUC